CUUUUAUACAGUCUUUCUUUGUUUCCUUCAAAUUGUGGUUUAUUAUAGGUAAUUUGAUUAUUGAAUUGAUUUAGAAUAUGUUAAGCUUGGUUAAGCUGGAAGGAAGUAAAGUGCCACUUUGUGGACAUGGGGGAUAGGAAGAAGGGCAUUUUAAUACCAUCGGGCAACCAAGGGUCAGUUGAAUAUAUGGUACUUUCAAAGCUUUUAAGAUGCCCAGAUAUAUGAUGAGCUAAAGACAAACUAUACAGUGACAUGUGUUGGUGUUAUAAAAAAUAAUAAUAGCUCUUUCGUCUCGGCCGCCGACAUGCCUUCCAGAUUGAGAAAGACCCGGAAACUCCGGGGCCACAUGAGCCAUGGCCAUGGCCGUAUCAGCAAACACUGGAAGCAUCCGGGAGGCUGGGGUAAUGCUGGCGGCAUGCAUCACCGCAGGAUCAACUUUGACAAAUAUCACCCAGGUUACUUUGGGAAGGUUGGUAUGAGACAUCACUUGAAGAGGAACCAGAGCUUCUGUCCAACUGUCAACCUUGAUAAAUUGUGGACCUUAGUCAGUGAGCAGACAUGGGUAAAUGCUGCUAAAAACAAGACUGGAGUUGCUCCCAUCAUUGAUGUGGUACGAUCGGGCUACUACAAAAUUCUGGGGAAGGGAAAGCUCCCAAAGCAGCCUGUCAUCAUGAAGGCCAAAUUCUUCAGCAGAAGAGCUGAGGAGAAGAUCAAGGGUGUGGGGGGAGCGUGUGUCCUUGUGGCGUGAAGCCAUGAGGAGGGAGGUUCAUUAAAUGCUAACAAAUGCUUUUUCCCCUUGUGGUCUGAGUGUAGACUCUUUGAUCUGAGUGUAGACUCUGAGCAUAGUCAGCAUCAGGAACCCACCUUAACCAGGUUCUAAGAAGAAAUGUGGAGGCCUUAACUAAUUAGCAAACUUGAACCUUACUUUCAUUUAUAAAAUGAGAAUGAUACCUCUUGAUAAAAUUUUAGGUGAACACCUGUUUGCAUUAUUUACAAUGGGUGGGAAAAUGUAGCCUCAUCUAUUCCUUGGGGAUUGAGACAGUUUUGAUGGGUUUGAGGCAGUUCUAUAGAGCUAAAUUCCUGAUCCUAAGGGUUGCCUCCUGGGUUCCUUACCUUGGACUGAACCAUUCUAGUUAUAACUAGAAUCUAGAAUUAGUAGUAUUUCUUACAGUCAAAAUGGUAAGGAGAAAAUACGGAAAUCCUGAAGGCCAGAAACUGAGUCAGGUUUGAUAGGGUUUGUGUCUUCCUGUUGAAGCCAAACUGAUAAUGACCAAUGCUCCUGUGUAAUAAAACCUAUAGAGAGUGGCCUUUUUAGUUUUUACCACAGAAUGAAAGAAUUUGCUUAUAAUACCCCAAAUAGCAAUUUCUCAGCUUCAGUUAUUUAAAUGUUUGUUCUCCAUUGGCCCCUUAUUUACAAAAUUAAUAAGUACAAUAAAAUAAGGCCUUGAGAAUAUAUAUGUUUAUAAUUAUGCCAUCAUGUCUGUCCAGUUUCAAAUAAUUUAAAAGCGUAUUUGAAUGAUUCUGGGUAAGAACAUUCU